AUGUUUACAGUUUAUAAUAAUACAGCUGUUAACAACACCUUCCUCCUCUCUACGUACAAGCCCCCGCCCGGCGACAGAGGCUUGCGCGAGCAGAGCCAUAAGCAGUACCGUCGCGACCUCCAAGAUGCCCUCUUCGAGUCCUCCGUUCAUCCUCGCGAGCCAAAUAAGACACAGAGGAGGAAGAGCACAAAGGAUAUUGUAUGGAGGCCGGUGGAGGAGCAUCAGCACAAGCGUGUGUGGCGGAAACAGGUCUUCUGCAGCGCUUGCAUAGAGGCCAAGCGCCCAACUACAACACCACACCGGGCAGCUCGUAAGCCACUAGCAAAUCUAUCUGCGAACUCUACAAUGAAGAAACGGGAGGACUCCGACGGCUGGAAGCGUCGCACAAGGCCUCCACGAACCUCGUGGGGCUGUACAGUCUGUAGAAUUCCGUUCUGCACGAGAGGAACAUGUUGGGGUGAACAUCUGGCAAGGCUCAACACCAAGGACUAGCUACAAUAUCAAUAUAUGCAUAGAAAUCACGGAUUUGAAUAACCUCAGGUCCUGUGCAGCUCCCAUCACGGUGCCAAGAAUCAGGUCAAACGAGAGCUUCCUAUUGGCUGGAUCCUUAUCGAUAACGUAGGACCAUAGUCAACGGGAAAGGGGAUACUCCUGCUCCAGGGGCAGCUCACGGGCCGCC